UGCCGCCCCGCAGGGUCACCAGCGCUCUACGGACGCGCCUGCCUGUUUGCCCGAUGACGUCUGUCAACGUGUGGCCGAAACGCUCCGCGAAGUUUUGCUCUAGCCGGGCCGGAUGUCACACCGUGAGGCGCCGGUGACCGGGUGCUGUAUCACCGUCAUCGCAUCGAAAUAGAGGAGCGGCUCUUGGGAUAUCUUUGGUUCGAGAACUCAAUCGGCAAAUGAUAUCUCGGGGAGAGACACGACAAAGCGUAGCGUUUAUCGGAACGAACUGGACGAUCAGCAGCAGAAGUUUCUGAUGUAUGUUUAACAUUCUCGGGACAACAUCGUGGAACGUUUCUUCUUUUAUCAAGUUUAGCAUCUUUAUGACUUAAGAGUUACUGACUGUGAAGACUUUAUCCUCAGGGGCCUGAUUUAAAUUAGACCGCGAUGCUGCGGCGCUGCGUGGUGGCGGCGGCGCUGGUGGCGUGCUGCUGGUGCCUGCCUCCGCCGGGCCCGGGCUCCGAGUGCCCCGGAGACGAGUCGCCGCUGCGGCAGCGCGCGCGCGCCGCCGCCGCCGCCUUCACGGCGCGCCUGCAGUCCGCCGACGCGGCUGCCGGCACGGCUGCGGUCAGCGUGCGCUCCGUGCUGCGCGGCCGCGCCCUGGCCGCCCCGGGCCUCCAGCUCAGCCUCCGUCUGCACGCCGCGUGUACGCUGGCUGCCGGGCUGCGGCCGCUGCGCACCGCCAUCUUCCUGGUGGACCGCCGCCUCUCCGUCCUGGGCAGCCCGCUGCUGCUGUCGCUCCGCAACAUCGCCGCAGUCAAGGCCGCCCUCACCGGGGAUGACGCCAACUCUAAGCCUGAAAACGUCACUGUCAACCACAGAGCACUGUGUCUGGGAGGCUGCAAGCGCGGCGACGGCCCCGUGUGUGGCAGCGACGGCCGGGACUUCCCCGACACGUGUGCCCUGCGGCAGGCCUCCUGCCACUCCGACGUCGCCAUCACCGUCCUUUACCGAGGUGUCUGCGAGCCGUGCCGGGACGUGCGGUGCAGCGAGGAGGGCGCGGUGUGCCGGGUGUCGGUGUCCGGGCCGCGGCGGCAGGCGGAGUGCUCGUGCGGCGGCGGCUGCCGGGGGCCGCCCCAGCCCGUCUGCGGCUCCGACGGCCGCUCACACGCCAGCGACUGCCACCUGCGGCUCGCCGCCUGCCGCCAGGGGCUCGCCCUCACCAUCCUCUACAGGGGCGGCUGCCACACCGGCGUGAACCCGUGCUCGGCGGCCGCGUGCCCGGCGGCGGGCCCCGGCGCCGGCGGCUGGCCGCGCUGCCUGGUGUCGCCGUCGUCCGGCGAGGCGCGCUGCGUCUGCCCGCCCGCCUGCACCGCCGCCGCGGCCCCCGUCUGCGGCUCGGACGGCCGCUCCUACCAGACGCUGUGCCACCUGCGCAGGGACGCCUGCCUGCGCCGCGACCCCGCCCUGCACGUGCUGCACGCCGGCGCGCCCUGCGGUGCGGCAGAGAAGUGCGCGUGCUCGGGCGGCAAGGUGUGCGUGCUGCGAGCCGGCCGCUCCGUCUGCGAGUGCCCCGAGUGCCCGGCCAGCGCCGGGGACGCAGACGUCGACGGCGCAGAGGGCGGCCGGCGCGAGGAGGUGUGCGGCAGCGACGGCCGCCGCUACGCCAGCCCCUGCCUGCUGCGGCGCGCCGCCUGCCUCGGCGGCAACACGCUCACCCAGGCCGCUCCAGAGGUCUGCCGCUCUGAUGGCGACUCAAGCCUCCGGCCGACAAAGAACGCUGAACAACUGAGGCACUGCGAAUGUGACAGCAGAGGAUCCGUGUCGGACAGCUGCGACCCUAUCACUGGGCAAUGUGUGUGUAAGAGAGGCUUCACGGGGUUCAAGUGCGAGCAGUGCCAGCGGGACUUCUGGGAGAGCCAGGGCGCGCGAGAUGGAGUUGACGCGUGCGGAGGAGGUUUCGAGGACCGUGACCCCCCUGAAGCAGUGGUGAAGCAGGCGAGGAAGGCCUCCAAGUCGCCGCGGCACCUACUGCCUCGCGGCCACAAGCGCAGCCGGCAGCCCUCCGAGCCUCAGAGGGAGCCGGGCUUCAUGGCCGACCAAGCCGUCGAGGACCUGGGCUACCGGCGCUCUGAGGCGGUGCGGGCGCCGCCGCAAGUGGUGAGCGCGCGGGUGGCGGGGGCGGCGCUGCUGGGCGAGCCGUGCGCCACGGGCGCUGACUGCGCGUCGCCGCACUCCGCCUGCAGCCAGGGCGCGUGCGCCUGCGCGGCCGGCUAUACGCGCGCCACCGACACGCUCUGCAUCCCUGAGGACAUUCCGGCCUUCGACGGACACUCUUACAUGCGACUGAAAGCGCUGGAGGCGUACAACAAGCUGAGCAUAGAGGUGGAGUUCAAGACAUACGAGAGCAACGGCAUCAUCCUGUACACGCAGCAGGAGGAGGACGGCACGGGAGACUACGUGUCGCUGGCCGUCGUUAACGGGCGCGUGCAGUUCCGGCUGAACGUGGGCAACGGCCCGCUGGUGUUGGAGAGCGGCGAGCGCGUGUCGGACGGCGAGUGGCACCGCGCCGUGGCGCGCCGCUACCACCGCGACGCCGCGCUGCGCGUCGACGCCGGGCCCGAGGCGGCCGGCCAGUCUCACGGCACGCACCAGUUCCUGGACCUGCGCCAGCCCGCCUACCUCGGCUUCGUGCCCUCCAACUACUCCAGGGUGUACGGCAACGCGGGCGCCUCCUCGGGCCUGGUGGGCUGCGUGCGCGCGCUGCGCGUGGGCGGCCUGCGGCUGGCGCUGUCUGGGGCGGCGGCGCGCGGGGCCGCCGUAGCGGUGCGGCGCUGCCCGCCCUGCCCCGCGGGGGACCCGCGCUGUCUGCGGCCGCCAGGCUGCCUCCGCAACCUCACCACAGGUGGUUCCUGCUCGUCCAGCCGGUUCGACCCGUGCGCCUCCAGCCCCUGUGUGGGCGGCUCGACUUGUGAGCCGCUGGCUGGGGGUGGUUUCUUGUGCAACUGCAGCCGCGGAGCCGCCUGCGACACGGGAGGCAGCGCGUUCGUGGCGGCGCUCGACGGCAGUUCUUCGCUGGAGCUGGCGUGGCCCGAGGGCGCUGGAGCGGCGCUGUCCCUCGAGCUGUGGUUCCUGGCAGAGCAGCCGGACGGCGUGCUUCUGUCUGCUGGAGGGGGAGCAAGAGGCGGAGGCGGAGACUUCCUGUGGUUGGCGCUGGUCGGCGGGCGCCUUCAGCUGCGCUUCAACCUGGGCAGCGGCGCCGCCACCGUCACGUCCCCACAGAGGGCAGAGCUCGGCCGCUGGCAGCGCGCUCUGGUGAGCCGCGCAGGGCGCAGGGCGUGGCUGCGGCUGGGCGAGGAAGAAGGGCUGCAGGCCGCGGGGGAGGCGCCGCCCCCACUCGCCAGGCUCGACCUGCGCAGCCCGCUGCUGCUGGGAGCCCCCCGCGGCGAGGGCGUCCCUGCGGCGGCGGGCCUGCGCGGCGCCGUGCAGCGGCUGUCGGUGAACGGCCGCCUGCUGGAGCUGGGGACGGCCGCGGCGCGGGCGUCGCCCCCCGUGCCGCCGUGGCGAGGGCCGCCCUGCGCGCACCCACACUGCCUGCCGCGCUGUCAGCCCGGCGGCCGCUGCAGCCAAGGUGAUCGUAACGACUCAAUCAGUGAGAGACCAGUAAAAUUUACGGGAUCCUCAUUUUUCCGCCUUCCAAAUAAAGUAAUAAAAAGGAAGAAGACGGAGCAAGCGAACCGGUACGAGAUCGUAUUCAGGACGAUGGAGUUAAACGGACUGUUGCUGUGGCUGAGUAAAGGCAGAACGGCUACGAACCACUUCUCUCUGGCGGUCGUCAACGGGCAAGUGGAGAUGAGCUUCGCCCUGGGUCGGAGGCACAAGCCGCUCCUCGUCAGGUCGCAGGUGUGGGUGAGCGACGGCGCGUGGCACCGCGUGGUGGCGCUGCGGCACCGCUGGAGAGCGGCGCUCCGUGUGGACGCCGGGGCUCCGGGGCGAGGGGCGGCGGCCGGCGGCGCCGCAGCCAGGCUGCGCACCGACGGCUGGCUCUGCCUAGGAGGGUCCCGCUCCUUGCCGCCUGGUUUGCCAAUGUCCUACUACGUCGGCUUCAAAGGCUGCAUCAAGGAACUUCUGGUGUCCAGAAAACAACUCAGCGUCCUGGAGCGAGUUGAUGAACACAAAAACUUCAUUGAAUACUGCCACGAAAACGAAGUGUGAUUGACCAUCGUGCCAAUGGACAUCUGUUAUACAGUUCCUGCGUGUUGUGAAUUCAGUUGGUUUUCAAUAAUACUCUAAACAGUGCCUACAGUUUUUAUAUGUGGUGCACUAACGUUCUGAUUUUUGAAUGAGAGGGAUGCUUUAACAAGGAGAAACUUGUCACCUGUAGUAGACUACUGACUUUUAUUUAUAUAGGUGAAAUAACUGUUACGUAAAUACUCAACACAUUUAUUCUAUUUCAACGUUUCUUUUCUUCGUUUCCUGUUUCCUUAACGUUCAUUAACGUUGCGGCGGUCAGUGUAAGGAGUGGCAGAUCGUAAUGUGAAAUGUGAUAACAUUCUAGUCCAUAUAAAGUGACUGUAUAAUUUUGUGUCAAAUUGUGUGACGUAUAGUGUAUGUGGAGUAGUACUGUGGCCGAAGGCGUUCUUAGAACACUAAAGACAUGAUCUGGCAGCUACGUAAUUUUUACAAGGUAAAAAACUAGUAAAAACUGCUGUUCUCGUCCCAACUACCGUUAAGUCCGGUAGUUGGGCAUUUGUAGCAGCCUCAUUGUUGAAUUGGAUUAGAACAGUAGUACGAGUACCUGGUUGUGUCUACGAACUUCUAAGCUUUAAGAUAUGUGCUCCGAACUUUUUUUUAAGUAUUUCUCUCAUACUAGUAACUUUGUUAGUUUCAUGUGUACAAAAUGUAUCUUAGUUCGAGACAUGUGUAAACAAAGUAUUUUUAUAUAUCGAGAAAUAGCAAUAAUUAAUAAUGUAAUUUUAAAAUCAGUGACAAUAAGGUACAAAUAAUACGUGAGCUACCAGUGGGUUGUGGAUUGCUUCUAAUGAUAGAAAAACUGCCACUGAAUCACUCUUCCAUUUUUUUAAGACUUCUAUUCAAAUUUUAAGACCUAGUACAUACAUAACAGUAUGAAUAAAAUUUGUUUGUCUGUUCUUA